UUUUCAAAUUCGAAUACCUUUCGUUCGGACUGUUUUGUUUUCGAACAUCUUUCAUUCGAAUCAAACCAAACGUCAAACCCACUUUGUUUAUGAAGGAGUGAAUAAUUUCCGCAGCGGAUGAGCGGUGAACUGCAAAAAUGGAAAAAAACAAAAACAAAACAACCACUAAAAAUCAGUUCGAGCGGAUUGUGCUGCUUCUGGAGCAAGAGCCGGACAUAGCAAAGGGUUUCUCCCGAGGAAAUUCCGGACCCUACUGGGAUGAUCUGGCGGCAGAAGUCAAUAGUUUGGGACCGCCUAUUCGCGAUGGAAGUGGAUGGAAAAAGGUUUGGGCGGACUAUAAGUCCGGAUUAAAGCGAAAACUCGCUCACAACAAACGGGAGCAGAGGGCGACAGGUGGAGGACCCAAUAAAAUUAUCAAUUUGUCCGAGCUGGAGGAGCAGGCAGUUCUACUAACUGGGUUACUUGCGACCGUGGAAGGAAUCCCGGGUACCUCAUCUCAUGGAACACAGUUGGGUUCGCCUUCGGGUGAACCUCAAGCUGCAGACCAGGAAAAUUUUAUAUAUUAUGGUACUUCCGACGAGUGUGACGGUAUCAAUAAUACCAUUCACUUCCAGCCCUCUCAGCCGAAAAAAUCCAGACCUUCUACCACGAGGCUAUUAGAGCUGCAAGUCGAGCAACAAAACAAAUUUCACACCAAUGUGAAAUCCCUGUUAAAAAACACAAACAAGAAUUUGAGUGAUCUGGUUCAUUAUCAGCGCCAAUCAGCUCGAGCGAUUCUUUCCGUGGAUGCCACACUCAAAGAACAUCUGAGUGAACAAAAACGACAUAACCACGAGAUGGAGAAGAUCGCGCUGGAGAAAUCAAUAGCGACAAAUCCUUGAAACGCAGAUUGCGUAUAUUUCAGAACAUUAGAAUAAUGUUUCAAAAUAUCAGUGAUCUGAUUUUUUAUCUUUAUAUUGUAACUCAAGUAUAAAAAAAUGAAAAAAAGUUCUAAUCGUAUUUUUAUAUCUUUCCAUGGAAGAAAAAUCUUACUUAAUUUUUUCUUUGAAGUUUGUUUGGAAUAGCAUCAAAAUUAUAUAAACUUUUUUAAAAUUCACGAAUUUCGCCUAUAGUUUAUGGAACUUCCUUAACCCCUUCACGUACAACAUUGAACUUCACUCGUUGUUUCUCGAUGUGAAAUAAUUACAUAGCUUCAGGCAUAUGAUGAGGAUACCGACAACUGAAGAUUAUAAAAUUUCCGUUAUUUAAAAAAAAAUUGAAUGAGCUAAAAAUAUAAAAUAUAAUUUGAAUAUUAUAAUUAAAAUAAAAACGAACGAGUUAGUACGUAGUAAUAACUCCUUCGUUUUUAUUUUAAACACAACAUGUAUUUGCUCAUCAUAGGGCACCCAUGUUAGAUACCCACACUCAGCAGAGUAGCGGAACGACUCGAAGUGCUCGUUUUGGGCCGUGCUGUUGGAAAUUAAAUCGUACAGCAAGGGGUUAAAACAACGCAAAAAGUAUUAAUAAUGGUUAUUUGAAUACUUGGCCUGCUUACGAGAAAUCGAUAAUGACAUGUUCUCAAAGUGUUGGCAGGAAUAAGAGUAAAUAAUUCUGCCGAAACCAUAGUUAAGUAAGGAAGACACUUCCUUUUCCGGUGGUUGUUAUUUAUUUGAGCAUUUGCAAACAAGUUAGAUGAAAUUUAACAGUCAUAAAUAUUAAUUUAAACAAAAGUUUAUUAUGUAAACAGCUGCAUAACAUAUUAUAACUACUGAGAACGACCAAAUUCUAAGCAUAUAUUGUGAAGUGCACAGCAUACAUUUAUA